AUGGGUUUGAACUGUUUUCAAGAUUUUGCUACAACAAUGGCGAAAUCAAUAUCUCAGUAUCUAACGUCUCCCACGGAAGGUCCACAGUUGCCGACCUCCCCCACCGAAGACGUCCCAUCAUCCAAAAAUGAAGUUAAAGCUCAGGGCCUGAAAGGAAACUCCUACAGAUUCCUCUUCGGAGACCUGAAAGAGAUGGCACAGAUGACACAACAAGCCAAAUCUAAACCCAUCGAUUUCAAAGACGAUAUCAUGCCUCGGGCUUUGCCCUUCGUCCAUAAAUCCGUUGCUGCUUAUGGUACGUUUGAAUGUCUCAGCGCCUAG